GCAUGAAGGCCCGUGGGCGUGUGGGAAGUGGAGCCCGUAAAGGAGGAGUGGGUACUCAACCACCUUUAGAUCGUGACAGGGUCCCUCAAACUUGGAUUUCUCUGGACGAGAAGCCGAAAAAAUCUUCAUGAAGAUCCAGCGAGAUUCUUGCAGGCUUGCAGCAUCUGCACUUUUACAGGCCCUGCCGCCACCGAAAGAUUACAUCAUUUGCUGUCCGUUGACGAUCUUUCCACCUGGAAUGCAUCAUUCUCACAUCAUAUCCCAUCCCUCCUCUACCCUCCUCCGUCCGAAACCACCACAUACUUCAUCCCGAACUCCGUUACCGAACGGACCUCACGCUGCUUCGGUAAGCGGCGCCCUCUUGCUGUUCUCAGUGUUGUCCCACUGCCUGCCCGUCGUAGCGAGGCCCCCGGUGAUGUCAGCUGGGGUUGAACAAUCGGAAAAACAAUUCGAAAAGGAAUGCCCAUGGGACGGUCAGGGUCAUGGUACAGGACGUGGGGAGUGGAGGGCCACCUCCAAGGCUCCAAUCUUUUCCCCAUGGGUAACCUUCUUUGGAUCAAGUGUAAAAGGUAGCGAGCGCUCCACCGCUCGUUGCCGCAUGCAGUACGCAGAUUCUUAAGUUCACGUAGUCCUCUCGCACUGCUGGCAUAAUUCUGUCUAAUCUUUAAUCUUCUCUCUGUCUCUCCUUCUAUUCUCUCUUCAUCUUCUCACUCGCCUUU